CCAAUUCCAGGUCAGCCCGACCCGAUUAUCACCCUUUAGCUCAUACUGAUUAGUUCCAUCCAAACACACCUUUCCCGCCAUAUGUUCCUUAUAUAUAUACCCUAGUCCUUCUUCACGCUUUUCGAGAUAUAGACACACUGUACAGUUUCUACUUGUUUGCCGUCGGUUCAAUUGCUAUAUACAUUCAAUUAUCGAGUGAACCGGCAGUGUAAUAGAAGAAAAUGGCGGCGUCUAGGGUUCCUUCAGAGAGGCCGAAGAGUAUACAAGCUGGUAUAAUUUCGAAAAUUCGAUUGGAGAAUUUCAUGUGUCACAGUAAUCUCGAGAUCGAUUUCGGCGAUUGGGUUAAUUUCAUCACUGGGCAAAACGGAAGUGGGAAAAGUGCUAUACUGACAGCAUUAUGUGUGGCAUUUGGUAGCCGUGCUAGAGGCACACAAAGGGCCAAUACACUAAAGGAUUUUAUAAAGACGGGCUGCAGCCAUGCCCUUGUUCACGUGGAAAUGAAAAACCGAGGAGAGGAUGCUUACAAGGCUGAAACUUAUGGUGACCUCAUAAUGAUAGAGCGCAGGAUUUCAGAGUCUACUAGCUCUAUUGUACUAAAGAAUUACCAAGGUAAAAAGGUGGCUGCCAAAAAAGAGGAACUCCAAGAGCUUAUAGUACAUUUCAACAUUGAUGUGGAAAAUCCAUGUGUAAUAAUGAGUCAAGACAAAAGCAGGGAGUUCUUACAUUCAGGAAAUUCAAAAGACAAGUUCAAGUUCUUUUUCAAGGCAACACUGCUUCAGCAAGUGGAAGAUCUUCUGAUUGGUAUUGACAUUCAAUUGAAAAACGCAAAUGAACUAGUUGCUGAACUGGAGAAAUCGAUAAAUCCUAUAGUGAAAGAGCUUGAUGAGUUGCAAGGAAAGAUUAGAAGCAUGGAGCAUAUAGAGGAGAUUUCUAAUAAGGUAGACUUGUUGAAGAAGAAAUUGGCAUGGGCAUGGGUCUACAUUGUAGAUAAGCAGUUACAAGAUAAAAACAAACGGAUCGAGGAGCUGAAAGGACGGAUUCCCACUUGUCAAUCUCGAAUUGAUCAGCAUCUUAGGAAGAUGGAGGAAUUGAAUGAUACGUUAACCACGAAGAAAGGUCAAAUUGCUCAUAUGAUGGAAAAGACAUCAGAAGUGAGGAGGAUGACAGAAGAGUUGAAACAGAGUCUUUCUUUGGCUACAAAGGAAAAACUUGAGCUGGAAGAGGAGCAGAGUCGUAGAUCUAAUUACAUCCAAAAUAUGGCAAAACGGGUCAAGGUCUUUGAACAACAAAUACUUGAUAGGGAUGAGCAGAAUAUUAGAAAUACACAGGCCGAAGAACAUGAUAUGGAGGUGAAACUGAAGGAGCUCCAAGCUGAGAUUGACAGGGCUAAUGUUAUAUUUCGAAGGUUGAAGAAUGAAGAAGAUACCUUAAUAGAUAAAAUUAAUCAGGUGAAGGAUCAGAUAAGCAAAAUUGGUCAUGAGAUUGAAGAGUAUGAGAAGAAGGAUCGUGACAUUCGCUUUCGCAUUCGUGAGCUUCAACUUCAUCAAAGCAACAAGGUUACGGCUUUUGGAGGAGGUAGAGUGAUGAGCCUCUUGGAGGUGAUUGAAAGACAACAUAGAAAGUUCAACAGGGCGCCGAUUGGUCCAAUAGGUGCUCAUGUGACCUUAAUUGAUGGUGACAAAUGGGGUACUGCUAUUGAAAGUGCCGUUGGCAAGAUGCUUAACGCUUUUAUUGUUACUGAUCAUAAAGAUUCCCUUUUAUUAAGAGCAUGUGCAAGGGAAGCGAACUACAAUAACUUACAGAUUAUCAUUUACGAGUUCUCUAGACCAAGGUUGCAUAUUCCCAAUCACAUGCUUCCCCAGACUCAUCAUCCAACAGCAAUUUCUCUUCUACAUUCUGACAAUCCAACCGUACUAAAUGUCUUGAUUGAUUUGGGUAAUGCUGAGAGGCAAGUGCUAGUUAAAGACUAUGAUGCUGGAAAAGCAGUCGCUUUUGAUCAAAGGAUUUCAAAUUUGAAGGAGGUUUACACUUCUGAUGGGUACAAAAUGUUUUCUCGGGGUUCUGUCCAAACUAUUCUUCCACCGAUGAAGAAUAUGAGAGGUGGGCGUCUUUCUGGUUCAUAUGAAAAUAAAAUUAAAACUCUAGAAAGCGAAGCAUUUGAGGCACAGAACAUAGCUCGACAAACCAGGGGUAUGAAGAGGAGUAUCAAUGAAGAGCUUCAAGGACUCCAGGAUAAUCUGCAAAGCGCUAAGAAGAGGCGCCAUGAUGCAGAGCGAGUUUUGAGGUCCAAGGAGUUCAGCUUGCAGGAUUUUAAAAGGUCAUAUGUUGCUGAAUCUAGCUCCACUGCUGUAUCAACAGUAGAUGAGCUUCAUGUAGAGCUAUCGAAAAUUCGUGAUGAGAUGCAUGAAAAAGAAAAUUCGUUGGAAAAGCUUCAAGUGAGGUUGAAAGAAGCAGACAACAAAGCUAAUGAUGUCAAAGUAUCCUUUGAAAAUUUAUGUGAAUCAGCAAAAGUGGAAAUUGGCGCCUUGGAGGAAGCAGAACGUGAGCUAAUGAUGAUUGAUAAAGAUUUAAAAGAUGCAGAAUUGAAGAAGAAUCACUAUGAAGAUGUAAUGAGUACCAAAGUUCUUUCCCAACUCAAAGCUGCAGAAGCAGAGUAUCAGGACCUUGAGCACAGGCGCAGGGCAUGCCAUAAGGCCCUCGAUCUACGGUGGAGCAAAUUCCAGAGAAAUGCUACUCUUUUGAAGCGUCAAUUAACAUGGCAAUUUAAUGGCCAUUUGGGUAAGAAAGGAAUCAGCGGGCACAUCAAAGUUAAUUAUGAAGAGAAGACUCUUUCAAUAGAGGUAAAAAUGCCCCAAGAUGCAUCAAGCAGCAAUGUUCAUGACACGCGAGGACUUUCAGGGGGAGAACGCUCUUUUUCAACUUUGUGCUUUGCACUUGCUCUUCAUGAGAUGACUGAAGCACCAUUUAGAGCAAUGGAUGAAUUUGACGUAUUUAUGGAUGCGGUUAGCAGAAAAAUCAGCCUAGACGCUGUCGUGGAUUUUGCAUUGGCACAAGGAUCACAGUGGAUAUUUAUUACCCCUCAUGACAUCAGUAUGGUGAAGCAGGAUGAAAGAGUAAAGAAGCAGCAAAUGGCGGCUCCUCGUUCCUGAUUGCUUUUGUAUUUUCGUUUUGUGAGAGAUGCUUCUUUUUGGGGUUUUCAGGUAUGAAAGAUGCCCUUGGCUUAUAUUUCCCAAUUAAAUUAGUCGUCCUGGAUAUAUAACCCUACUGCCAUUGGAAAGUCUAGUGAAAUGUAUAAUUAGAAGGUGAUUGUUUUUGUAAUUUUAAUGUGUUCCAUGUCUAGUGUUUCCAAUUUUCUUGUUGGUGCAUCGGUGGGUUUUUAAUGAUCGCAGAACGCCGACAUUUACGUUUUUGCA